AUGAACAACAACACAACAUGUAUUCAACCAUCUAUGAUCUCUUCCAUGGCUUUACCAAUCAUUUAUACCCUCCUUUUUAUUGUUGGUCUUUUUGGAAACUCUCUCUCUCAAUGGAUAUUUUUAACAAAAAUAGGUAAAAAAGCCUCAACGCACAUCUACCUGGCACACCUUGUGACUGCAAACUUACUUGUGUGCAGUGCCAUGCCUUUCAUGGGUGUCUAUUUCCUGAAAGGUUUCCAAUGGGAGUAUCAAUCUGCUCAAUGCAGAGUGGUCAAUUUUCUGGGAACUCUAUCGAUGCAUGUGAGUAUGUUUGUCAGUCUCUUAAUUUUAAGUUGGAUUGCCAUAAGCCGCUAUGCUACCUUAAUGCAAAAGGAUUCCUUGCAAGAUACUACUUCGUGCUAUGAGAAAAUAUUUUAUGGCCAUUUACUGAAAAAAUUUCGCCAGCCCAACUUUGCUAGAAAACUAUGCAUUUAUAUAUGGGGAGUUGUACUGGGUAUAAUUAUUCCAGUUAUCAUAUACUACUCAGUCGUAGAGGCUACAGAAGGAGAAGAGAGCCUAUGCUACAAUCGGCAAAUGGAACUAGGAGCCAUGAUCUCUCAGAUUGCAGGUCUCAUUGGAACCACAUUUAUUGGACUUUCCUUUUUAGUAGUACUAACAUCAUACUACUCUUUCGUAAGCCAUCUGAGAAAAAUAAGGACCUGUACAUCCAUUAUGGAGAAAGAUUUGACUUACAGUUCUGUGAAAAGACAUCUUUUGGUCAUCCAGAUUGUACUAAUAGUUUGCUUCCUUCCUUAUAGUAUUUUUAAACCCAUUUUUUACAUUCUACAGCAAAAUGGUAACUGUCAGCAACUGAAUUAUUUAAUAGAAACAAAAAACAUCCUCACCUGUCUUGCUUCAGCCAGAAGUAGCACAGACCCCAUUAUAUUUCUUUUAUUAGAUAAAACAUUCAAGAAGACACUGUAUAAUCUCUUUACAAAGUCUAAUUCAGCACAUAUGCAAUCAUAG